GAGGGAGAGAGGGAGAGGUACAGGGAAGGAGAGAGAUAGAUAGAGGGAGAGAGAACACCAUGCUCUCGAAUUAGCGUUCCCAUUCCCUUGCCAGACACAAACUAUCUUAAUACCAUCUCAGUCUUGGACGUUGGCUACUCUGUGAAUGAUUAUGGUUAUAUUUGCCUCCCUCACAUCAAUGGAAUAUCGGAUGGUGCGGACACGACUGUAACGUGUCAUAUUACAAAACAUUUCGCCGGCUAACGAGAGAAUCGCGUACAGGUAACUCAUGUCCCUGCUCCUGCUGAGGUCCCUGGGCCCCUCCUACCUCUCUCAGUGCCCCGCCCUCCUCCUCCGGCCUCCGGGCUUCAGGAGGAACUGCUUCUCCUCCCUUCCCCGCCGUGCUCCUCACCCAUGCUGGUCGGCGUCGGGACGUCCUCCUUCCCGGCAUCUCCUUCUCCUCUCCCCCACCUCCAGCUCUGCACGCCUCCUCUGUUGUCACCACCAGAACCAUCCUCCAGGGACCUCCUCACACUGCUUCUCCACCCUUGGUUGCUGUUUGACGUCCCCCUUGGUCUUCUCCAGUUCUUCCUGCUCCGGAGGCGGUCUCCUCAUGGAGCGGUCGAAUGGGGACCGGCCACCCCCGUACAAGCGCUGGAAGAGUACCGGGGACAAUAAGGGGGAGCGGGAGGGACGCGCCGAUGCCAGAGCAGCAGAGAGAUCGGGGGGUAAGGCCAGCGUCACGAGGCCCAUGAAGCAGCACAGCAGUCGGGAUCGUGAGGCCGGCGCCCCUCGCUCCAAGUCCUGGAGCUCCGACCAGAGUGGAGAGCGCAGGACAUCGGAAAACCACAAGAAAAGUAAACGUAGAGACGAGAGCAAAGGGAAGGGCAAUAAUAAGAAGCUGAAUUGGGAAGGCGGAGUGGUGCAAGGGCAGGGGAGGGACAGGAAGACGCACCACAGGAUGGAGCAGCCUCAGCCUCCUCCUCAGCCCCACGCUGUCGAUGACAACCCCAACCCGUGGCUCUCGGCUGGGGCUCCUCACAGGACUUAUCCCCCUCCCCCUCCUCCUCCUCCUCCUGCUGGGGCGUGGAGGAACCCGGGACCUCCACACCCACCCGGAAGGUUAAGGAACACUAGACCUGGAACUAUAAGGAACGCUCCGCCUCCACCAGGGAUGUUAAGGAACCCAGUACCGCCUCCAUUGAUGAGCCUGGCAACGGGAGGCUGGGGGAACCCCCCACCUGGAGCUGGAGGCUGGGGGAACCCCCCACCUGGAGCUGGAGGCUGGGGGAACCCUCCACCUGGAGCUGGAGCCUGGAGUAACCCUCCACCUGGAUCUGGAGCCUGGAGUAACCCCCCACCUGGAUCUCGAGCCUGGAGUAACCCCCCACCUCUAUCUGGAGCCUGGGGGGCCCCUCCACCUGGAGCUGGAGCCUUGGGGAACCCUCCAACUGCAACCUUGAAGAACCCUGCUUCACCUGGAACCUUCGGAAACCCUGAAGACUUCCCCCCUCUCCCGGGGUCCGGUCCCCCUCCUCAGAGAACCCAGAGCCAGGGAUCAGCCGCUCAGCCACUACAGAGACAGUGGGAGGACUAUCGAGACAGCAGUACCCACCUCCAGCCUACGGGGGGUGGCGGUGAUGGCUUUGACUUCUCGGUCAUGUCCUACAACAUCCUGUCCCAGGACCUGCUGCAUGAAAACUCCUACCUGUACCGCCAUUGUGACCCUGGCGUUCUGCCCUGGGACUUCAGGCUGCCCAACCUGCUGAGAGAGAUCCGGCAGUACGACGCAGACGUCCUGUGUCUGCAGGAGGUCCAACAGGACCACUACGAGACCCAGAUGCAGCCUGCCCUGGAGGCACUAGGCUAUCAGUGUGUGUAUAAGAAGCGCACGGGCAAGAAGCCAGAGGGCUGUGCCAUCAUGUUCAAGAGUUCCCGCCUCUCGCUGGUCUCCUCCCACCCCCUGGAGUACUUCCGCCCCGGCGACGCCCUCCUGGACCGCGACAACGUGGGAUUGGUCCUCCUGCUGAGGCCCGCCGACGCCGGCGGCCAACCGGAGCCCUCGGACUUCUUCUGCGUGGCGAACACUCACCUCCUCUACAACCCCCGUCGCGGCGACAUCAAGCUGGCCCAGCUGGCCAUCCUAUUGGCCGAGAUCGCCCGGCUGUCCCGCCUCCCGGACGGCUCGUCCAAUCCGGCGGUGGUGUGUGGGGACUUUAACUCGGUCCCCUGGAGCCCGCUGUACUGCUUGCUGACGCAGGGCUCUCUUGAAUUCCAGGGCCUGCCCAUAGGGAUGGUAUCGGGUCAGGAGGAUGGGCGGGGACAGCGCGUCCUUACCGCCCCCAUCUGGUCCAAGAGUCUGGGCAUCAACCAGGACUGUUGCUAUGUCAACCAGCCUGCCAGCCAGCCCCCGUCCCUUAUCCCCACAGAGGAUGAAGGGGCCGUCCCUGCUCCAACUGUGGAACAGCUCACGGCCAAAGCCCCCCUCGCCCCUUACAGCAGGACCAGGCUGAGGCACAGUGUAGGCCUCAAGUCCUCAUACUCCCACCUCCUGAUGCCUGAUGGGAGGGCCGAGAUCACCACCUGCCACUCACGCACCGCCAUGACGGUGGACUACAUCCUCUACACACCAGACCCCACGACUUUAUCUUCACUUCCUGGUGGGCGGGGCCUGCAGUUACUGGCAAGGCUGUCAUUGGUCGGCCAGUCGGAGUUGAAGGCCGUCAACGGUCUGCCCAACCAGCAUCACUCCUCUGACCACCUGCCCCUCCUGGCACGCUUCCGUCUCCGGCGAUGACCCCUGACCCCCGCUCCGUAUCGAGCUACAGCCACUGUUGUGGACUUACGGCUACUUCCUGGUUUCAGGAGAUGUGACGACUCCACAGGUUGGGGAAUUUAGAUGUCAACAACCGAAGAAACUGCAUCUUCAGGAGCCUGAAACUUGAACUAUUGGAUGAGACUUUUAAACACACAUGGACUGACAAACAACUCAAAGCUCACAUUUAAUAUAUUUAAUUAUUCUACGUUUUAGAAUAAAAAUACAGAAACCCUGUACUUUUCCUAUAAAAGAGGACAUAGCUGCUAGCUUUGGGUUCUUGGUAUUGAGAUCACUAUUGGAAGUUUCCUGCCUGACUAACUUGUUCAGGCUUGGUUCCAGGUUCCUGCCUUGGUGCCUCUAAAAGAAGUGGCAGGUCUGGUUUCCACCCAGCACCCCAUCACAUUCAUUUGAUAACCUGCAAUUAGAGAAAUUUAUGAGCUUUGUAUUGAGUCUAGAUUGUUGUGUUCACUUAACGAACAAACCAAAUCAGCAGUACUGAUUCGUUUUUUUAAUAUUUUUUUAAGAUUUAAGGAUCGAAGAAGAUUUAGUUUACUGUUGGCAAAGUUUUAGCUUAUCUUUUUCUACUUAAUGUACUGCUAGUGAGUUAAUAGCAGACGUGUCUUCACAAGGCAUACUUGAAAUCCACUUCCUUUAGUCCCCAAAGUACCUCACAAGAUCAGCACCAGACUAGGUGGUGCCGUCAAGGACAGGCUCUGUUCUUCCAGCCUCUGCUUGAAAUUAAUCAGUCAAACUGUCAUUGACUUCAUUCUUUUGUUUUCAAACACGAAUGGAUUAUUAUUUAUUGUUUAAUGGACUAACACUUACAAUUCUUUAAGUGAGACUUCAGCUUGACUCGACCGUUGAAAUUAACCUUUUGAUUUAUGACCUCUGCUGAACUUUUUUGUGUUGCUAUGGAUACUGUUUUCAUAAUUUUGGGCUUGGUCCUCUCGGAUUCACAAGGACGAAUGCCAGGGUCACCUGACCUUUGACCUCCAGACAGGACAGACUAAUGAUGUCGUUCAGACAGCUCCUGGUCGGAUCUACACAACAGACACUGGACACAGACAGCGUGUCGGUAUG